GGAUCACCUCCCGCCAUGAGCACGGACGCCGAGCAGCUCCUGGCAGCAGGAAUUCCCCUCUGGAGCAUCUCCAGUUGGGCCAGCUCCGAGCUGCCCCCCAACAGCAGCAGCACGGAGGCGGCAGCAGCGGCAGGAGAGGCCGGGCGGGCCCCAGAGCGCGGCAGGAGCGCGGCGGAGAUCGCGGGCAUGGUGGUGCUGCAGUGCAUCUACGGCCUGGUGUGCCUGCUGGGGCUGCUGGGCAACGCGCUGGUCAUCUUCGUCAUCCUGCGCUACGCCAAGAUGAAGACGGCCACCAACAUCUACCUGCUCAACCUGGCCAUCGCCGAUGAGCUCUUCAUGCUCAGCGUGCCCUUCGUGGCCACGGCGGCAGCGCUGCAGCGCUGGCCCUUCGGCCGCACUCUGUGCCGGACCGUGCUGGGCGUGGACGGCCUCAACAUGUUCAGCAGCGUCUUCUGCCUCACCGUGCUCAGCCUGGACCGCUACAUCGCCGUGGUGCACCCGCUGCGCGCCGCCUCCUACCGCCGCCCGCGCGUCGCCAAGAUGGUCAACGGCGCCGUGUGGCUGCUGGCCCUGCUUGUGGCUUCGCCCAUCCCGGUGUUCGCCGGCACGGCGGUGACCCGCGACGGCCGAGCGGUGGCCUGCGACCUGCUGUGGCCCAGCCCGGCGUGGGCGGCCGCCUUCGUGGUGUACAGCAGCGCGCUGGGCUUCGUGCUGCCCGUGGUGGCCAUGGCUCUGUGCUACCUGCUGCUGGCCGGCAAGAUGCGCGCGGUGGCGCAGGGCGUGGGCUGGCAGCAGCGGCGGCGCUCCGAGGGCAAGCUGACGCGCCUGGUGGUCACCGUGGUGGCCAUGUUCGUGGUGUGCUGGCUGCCCUUCUACGUGGUGCAGCUGCUGGAGCUGCUGCUGCCCGGCCGCCUGGAUGCCAGCGCGCACAACGCCUCGCUGCUGCUCAGCUACUCCAACAGCUGCGCCAACCCCAUCCUCUAUGGAUUGCUCUCCGAGAAUUUCCGCAACUCCUUCCACGGCGUGCUGCGCCGCUGCCGCGACGCUGGCCUGUGCUGCUGCCGCGCCGCUGACGGCCACGGAGGGGACAGCGAGGACGAGGAGGAGCCCCUGGAUUACUGUGCCGCGCCCCGCGGGGACGCCAAAGGCUGCGUGUGUCCCCCGCUGCCCUGCCAGCAGGACCCCCUGCGACCCCAGCCCUGCUGCGCGCCCGGGGCCCUCCUCCCUAAAACCACCCCCUUCUAG